CAAGACCAGGAUCUCUAUCAGGAUCUAAAUAUGAAUCUAUGAUUGGAAGUGAUUCCGUCAGUUCCUGUUGAAUCAUCAUCAGAAUUUGAUCCAGGAACAGAAACAGACAAACGUCAAAAACCUUCAGAUUAAAAAGAAAGAACUACAAUGAGCAGCAGAGGAGGAGGAGGAGGAGGAGGAAGAGGAGGAGGAGGAAGAGGAGGAAGGAGGGAGGUCUUCCUCAGUGCUCACCGCUGCCCUGAAGUUGAUCUGCUGCCUCAUCAUAAUUCACGACUUCCUCCUGAAUUCACCUGUACUCGUCCGUCUGAGGCCAAUUACCUGGACAUCUCCUCCAACAUUCACUCUGAGGAGGAAGAGUGUAUCAGUGACUGGUCAGAGGAAGAUCUUUCCCUCUAUUUCUCUCCAUCAGUCAUCCUCCCAUCAGACGAUGAAGACUCAGGUCCAGAGAGCAGCUUCAGGUGUGUUGAUGUUGCCGUUGAAACACAGGUGAUGGGGCAGGGUGGGGAGGGGCUAAAGAUGGUUCCUAAACGGCAGAUUCACCUGAAGAAGAAAAACAAGACCAAGAAAAUGAAUGAUGAGGUGAUACUGAAGAAUGAACCUUUUGAAGGGGGACGAGCAAACAGUGAUAUGUCAACCAAUGAACUGUUCUGUCCAAUUGUCCAUCAUCGCCCUGAUCUGUUGCUACGACAACACAGUAUGCCCACCUCAUUCCCCACACGUCCGAUGAUCUGCAGUGAUGUCGACAGCUGUGGGGUCAAUAGGGGCCUAUAUGCAGGAGCCAGUCCAGGGUUUCUGAUUGGAGGACAAUCAGUGGUGCAGAGACGUUUGCAAAAAUCUGUCUCCCUGGAUGAAACAAAAACAAAGAUGGCAUCGUGCAUCAUUAAGAGUGUGCUCUCCAAAAAGAUGCAGGUUGAGGAGAUCAACACGAAAACAUCAUACCUGAAGAAGAAACUUGCAGCGUUACCUCCGGGAGGAGGAAAGGAGGAGGGGCCAGGUGUGUUUAAAGCUCCGGUUCACGUGGUGAGAGAUGUCAGAAGUUUGGUUAAAAACACAUACAGCCUCUCGUUCUCAACAGCAACAACACCUGAGGAAUUCAAACCAGCAAAAUUCAAGGUGGUUGGUCAGGAGAACAGCCCACCUCCUACCUACCAACAGGCCGUAGGGGUCAAAGGUCACUCCACCAGAGGACAUGUUUCAAAGGUUGCUGCAUCUUUCAACAAAUCCUGUGACAGAAAUCAGUACAAUACAUUGAGUCAUCCAAUCACACAGCAGAGACAAGGCAGCGAGUCAAUAAUAGGCAGAAGAAGGGGAGGUGAUGUCAUGCUUUUAGAGCCACCCCCAUCCACAUCUGCAACUGUUGGCCUAUCAGAAAGAGCUGAAGGUCACCAGGCAGGGGCCUCCAUCCUCUUUUCUGCUCCUCAUUCCCCCUCCUCCCCCAGACACCCCCAGGUAAAUCAGCAGGAACAGCCUUCCCCCCAAGGUGUGUCUUCUCAAUCUGUCCCCGACCCCCCCCAGCAGGUCCAAACCUGUUUCUACACGCCCUCCUCCCAACAUCCUCACCUGAGGAAAGUGAGCUACAUCCGCACCUCCCACAACUCCAUCCAGAACACCCACCUCCACCAGAGCAGGUCACCUGGAGACACCUCGGACCAGACCAGGAUGACUUUCCCUCCCCCAACUACCAGGAUGGCAGCAGACCACAAUGUGAGUGCAGUGACCCCGCCCACAUUAAAGAAUAAGCAGCAGCCUUUUCUCUGCAGUUUCCCGAGUUCCUUACCUGCACAGGUGAGAAAUGACUUCCUCAUUGACAUCCCAGGUUCUGCUGUAACACCUGGAGUGGUCUUCGGUGGCCCUGCUCCAUUUCACAUGAUGUUAGAGCCAAAUGGGCGGUAUUGCUAUGUGUAUACACACCCACAACAUCAUAGAAAGAUGCUGUUGGAUCCAGAAACUGGACAGUUCAUCCAGGUGUUCCUACCUGGAGCAAGCCCCACCCCCAACACUAUGUUCCCCGUUUGUCAUGUCAACCCCGCCCCUGCUGUGAUAAACCCCACCCCCACUAUGCUACAGACGAGCAGAGUCCAUCCAGCCAUUCUCUCAGUGAUGAGGUUCCAGCCGACCCUGUACACCACCCCCUGUCUCCCCAUUACCCUGCACACACACACGUCACCAUGA